GCCUUAUAGGCCCAUAUGUUGGCGAGCGGCGUCCGCUACCACGGGAAGAGGAGUCGACGGCCGCCGCGAGCCACCACCCGCGCCGCAGCCCCCAUCCGCCGGUUUCCUGCCGUUGCUAUGCUCCUCCGGCCCCGUCUUUCGCUCCUCCGAGCCGUCGCGCCGCACCCCGUCUCACCCCGCGCCUCGCUCCCUGUCCGCCGUACGCUCUCCGCGGCGGUGGGGACCGCGUCCGCCGGCGAUGCGGCGCCCCCGGCGCCGGCGCCGCGAGCCGGGCCCAAGGGCGGGAGGAGGAGCGCGCCACCCAGGGGGCCUUCCGUUAACCCCGCGCUGUUCUUCCCGCCCGGGGUGGAGCGGGACGCUGCGGUGGCGGCGGAGAUGGUGAUACCGGCGUCGAACAUCGUGGUGGGGCCCUACGCCGGGGACUCGCGGGUGAAGGAGGCGGAGUUCGUCAAGAGCAGCGCGCGCGCGCGGGACUGCCCUAAGGACGACCGCCCCGAGUUCGCCGUGCUGGGGCGCUCCAACGUCGGCAAGUCCUCGCUCAUCAACGCCCUUAUCCGCCGCAAGGAAGCCGCGCUCACCUCCAAAAAGCCCGGGAAGACCCAGACGAUUAAUCACUUCUUGGUUAACAAAAGUUGGUACCUUGUUGAUUUACCUGGCUAUGGGUUCGCGGCUGCAUCUCAAUCAGCUCAAACGGAUUGGUCUUCCUUUACCAAGGGUUACUUCUUGAACAGAGAUACCUUGGUUGGUGUACUGCUCCUUGUGGACGCCAGUAUUCCACCUCAGAAAAUUGACCUAGAUUGUGCCAACUGGCUAGGUCGUAACAAUAUUGGAUUGACCUUUGUGUUCACAAAGUGUGAUAAAUCCAAGAAAGGUAAAGGGGGCCGGCCUGAGGAGAACAUCAAAGAGUUCCAGGAGACGAUCAGUUCCCUGUACCCAGAGCCUCCUCCAUGGAUCAUGACGAGUAGCGUUACUGGAUUAGGUCGAGAUGGGCUGCUCCUCCACAUGUCUCAGUUGAGGAAUUACUGGGACAAUGAAGCAACCAUUAGUUCAUGAGCAUUAGAGGGAAGAGGGAUCCACAAACCACAAGUCCAUGACCUCUCCAAUGUAACUUGACUUACAUGAGCUUUUAUUCCAGUUCCUUUUCAUUAUGUUGUAUGGCACUUUGGUGUAUAGUUGAGGCUUUGUGAUGUGGAGCUUCUUGUAAUUUCCCUUGCCUGGUGUGCCAUACAGUUUGUGGUUGCCUUCUCUCUCUCUAUCGUAAAUUGGCUCCUGCCUAGGUUAAUUAAGUCUUUUCAUAAUUUCUGAAUACAAACAUUACGGCGUAGGUUCUGCGGCAGCAGGGGGAGCGAUCUGGAACUAGACAACAGUUAUGGCGAAGGCAGUCCAGGAAAUUGAAUGUACUGUAAGCAUUCAAUGGCGCAAAACUUAUUGCCAAAAUUCUACUGUGCAUUUCAUACAUUUCAUUGCUCGACCGGACAGACAGACUGCUGGUCUGGAUGGUUUUUACACUUCAUGAUAGCAGCAGCAAGAACUGGUAGUAAUUUUGAUGGUGUAAAAC